CUGUGGUUUAACAUAAUAUUCCCAAAUUAAUAUUUGAAAGGCUCAGAAAAUCAGGGCACUUUUUACUGUUGCACCAAAUAAAGAUGGCAGCCCCAUCACCACCAGACGCGAGCCAGCAAAAUACAGACGAAGAAAAUCAGUCUGCAGAGAAAGCCAGCGGGAGUUCAGCCACAGAUAACGGAAGCAAAAGCGACAAGGAGAGUCCGGCGACCACUGACCCAGAAACCGAGGACCCAUUUAAGAGACCGGCGGCUUUGACGGCGCCUACCAUAACCAGCAAACGCGUUAGCGUCGCUGCUCCAACCCGAGCUAAAGCAGCAGAAACCAGAAGCGGGGACGACAAAGAAGCGCUUUCUGACGCUGUGUGUGAAAACCAAACGUCUGAGGGAGGCAACGAAACGCAACUUGACGACCAGAAUGACGGCAGCAAUCCUAAACCAGAGUCCAAAGCGAAAGUGCGUCCUGCCAAAGGGCCCCCCGCUGGAAAGUUCCCCCCUAUCCCCUACACAGAGCCGCUGUGGGGGGGCUCCCCAUCAGACGCGCAGUACGCGCUGGAAAUCCUCAAGAACGGCGCCAUAGUGGACACGGUGCCGCUCAGCCACAGCAGCUUCUUCGUGGUGGGGCGGCUGCCGGUGUGCGACGUUUCCCUGGAGCACCCGUCCAUCUCCCGGUACCACGCGGUGAUCCAGUACCGCAGCCAGGCCGGCCAGGAGGGCUGCGUGGGGGAGGAGAGGGGCUUCUACAUCCACGACCUGGGGAGCACGCACGGCACGGUGGUGAACAAGAACAAGAUCCCCCCGAAGACCUACAUCCGGCUGCGCGUGGGGCACGUGCUGAAGUUUGGUGGGAGCACGCGGCUGUUUGUUCUGCAGGGUCCGGAAUUUGACGAAGAGGAGGAGUCUGAGCUAACUGUGACGGAGCUGAAGGAGCGAGCCGCCAGACAGAAAGCUGAGCUGGAGAAGAGGAUGAUGGGAGACUUCUCUGAUGGGGAGGAAGAGGAGGAAGUGGGUCAAAGCAGCACGGCUGAGGAAAAAGCGUCUAAGCAGGAUCUGGGUUGUACCUGGGGGAUGGAUGAGGAAGCAGCUCCAGAGGAGGAUGAGAGCGAGGAAAACCCCUUUUCAACAGAAUUUCAUGAAGAUCAGGAAGCGGCUUACCUCAAAGAUCCGAAGAAGGCCUUGCAGGGAUUCUUUGACAGAGAGGGAGAAGAGCUGGAGUUCGAGUAUGAGGACAAAAGCCACGGCUCCUGGCUGUGCAGGAUAAAGCUGCCGGUGGACGACGCUUUGGGCCGCCAGCUGGUGGCUGAGGCGACUGUCACGGGAAAGAAGAAAGAAGCGGCCGUGCAGUGCUGCCUGGAGGCCUGCCGCAUGCUGGAGGCCAGGGGGCUGCUGCGGCAGGAAGCAGUGUCACGCAAACGCAAGAAGAAGAACUGGGAAGACGAGGACUACUACGACAGCGACGAUGACACCUUCCUGGACCGGACGGGGACGGUGGAAAAGAAGAGACAAAAACGGAUGAAGAAGGCGGGAAAAGUCGCCGAGCGGCCAGAGACCUACGAGUCGUUGAUGGCCAAGCUGUCAGAGGUGGAGAGGGAGCUGAGUGAGACUCAGAUAAGGCUCAACGCUGGCAAAAAAAAUGCUUCGGCCUCCUCAGGGGAGGACUCCCUGGAGGCCUUCAUGAGCGCAGUCAGAAGUGAGGCGUCUAUGGACGCCGUGGAGCGCAGGAAGCUUCACCUGCACAUGGCCGACCUGCGCAGAGAGGCCCAGAAUCUGCGGAAGCUGGUGGACCUGACGCGGCCGGCUCAGAUGCCUGCACUGCUGCCGAGCGGCAGCCUGGACCCAGAGAAGCCCAAGAAGACCUUACCGCUGUUUGGAGCCAUGAAGGGAGGAAGGAAGCUCAAGCUGAAGACGGGGACCAUCGGGACGCUACCCCCGAAGAGGCCGAUCCUGCCCGCCGAGCUUUUUGACAUGAAGGCACUUCCGCCUGGUGUCGAGGAAGAGGAGGAGGAGGAAGAAGAGCAGGAGGCAGACAAAAAUGAGGAAGAUGAAGCUAAGACUACACCCGCUUCUGAGGAGUCUUCAUCAAAGGAGGAUGCUCUCCUGAGGAAGACAAAAGACCAGAGCAGGGAGGUGUCAGAUCAAAGCCAGAAGACCAGGAGGAGUGGAGGAGCAGAUCAGCAGGAUGUGGAGUCCAGCAGUGAGGCUGCAGCCCCCCCAAAGCCAGCAUCCGGGGCUGAGGGCGAAUCCGGGCCAGCAGCAGGACCCGGUCCUAAAAAGAAGAGAGUGAUGGGCCCCAGCAGGCCUCCAGGAUCCCGUUCAAAAGGCGACCCAGGAGUGCAGCUCUCAGGAUCGUAUCCAGAAGAUGACCCGGAUUAUUCAGUGUGGAUCCCUCCUGCAGGUCAAACGGGCGACGGCCGAACUCACCUCAACGACAAAUACGGCUACUGAGACUGAGCCCCCCCCCCCAUCCACCUGCUUUAUUUCAGCAGGCAGACCCCCACCAGCACAAAGCCUCCUCAGCCCUGACGGUUGACCCCCUUCAUCUUCCUCAGCCCCUGUUCUUCAUCUCAAGGAUCAAGCUGGGGAAAUGGCGCUCCUUCUUCACACGCCUCGAACCUCAGCCCACACCUGGGGGGGUGACCCCCCCCCACACACACACAGAAAAUGUGUGCUUUGAAAUCUUGCAUCACCUGGGCAGAAAGGGAGGGGGCAUCUCCGGAGCUUUCCAGUUUUAGCUGUCAGGACCUGACGUCCAUUCCAUCCCGGCUCAGUUUGGUGCAACCGUCCUGUUUUUUCUCCAAAGGAGGGACUGUGUGUGGCGGGGAGGGAGGGAGGGAGCAGCUUUUCUGGCCAUCUGGACACUUGGAUGGAUUACUGGAUGAAACGUAAGCUGAUAAUGACUCAAACUAAGUGGGGGGUGUGUGUGUGUGUGUGUCUGUAUCUACACACACCAGCAGCACAACCUCUUCAAAGUUAUCAUUUUAACAAGAUUGUCUUAACGAGAGAGGAAGAGUGAGCGCGUGGAGCAGCACUAGUCCCUCCAAACUCCAGCUUGGUGUUCUGUGGCUCUGCUGCCACAUUUCCCACGCUCUCCCUCCUCACAACACACAUGAAACUGUUGGAUAUUGUUACAUACGUGUAGAAUAAAAGUGUCUGUACAGAACUGAA